CGAUGAACAGUCAUCGUGCUGUUUCCACGAAAACCGCCGUUUUGCUCGGUUGGAUCACAUUCAUUCUAAGUCACGUUCCACAGUCAGCAUCUAUCACGUGUGGCAAGGACUCAGUGAACGUGGAAAACCAGCUCAAACAGUCACUUCUUUGCAAUGGCUACCGAUCGGAGGCACGCCCAAGGAAGGACCCAUCCCAAACGGUCAUCCUGACGGUCGCCUUCUUCGUGAUGGGCUACGAGUUUAACGAAUAUAGUGAUCUGCUGGAACUGAACGUGUGGUAUAAUAUGAAAUGGAAUGAUGAAUUUCUCGUUUGGAACCGAACGGAAUGGAACGAUAUUGCGUGGGUGGUGAUCAACUCGGAUGAUAUUUGGGUUCCGAAUUUUCAGCACAUUACCUCAUAUUACACUCCCGAAAAGCUCACGGACUGUACGAAUCCCGCCUGUUCGGUGGCGUGGAACGGAUCGGUGCAUUGUGCACCACGGUGCAAUAUGAAUGCUAAAUGUGAUGUGUCCUACAAUCGAUGGCCCUUUGAUGUGCAUCAGUGUAAUCUGUGGUACGGUGUCUCGAUGACCACAAUGAACGAGGUCGAUAUGCACACGAACAAGAUCUGUCUCCAAACGGAGCCAGAUUUCUCCAAUUCACGUUGGAGUAUCGUAUCGUUGAAGGACAACCGAGCAUGGCUUAAAAUGAACGAUAAUUACACGUACGUCAGGCUAUCGAUGCAACUGAUGGUUCAGCGGAAAAAUGGAUCAGAUACAGUAGCCAUGUUGUGUCCUAUAAUGGUGCUUGCAUUCUUGAAUCUCUACAUCGUGUGGUUACGAUCAAGCUGUAUCGAAAGGAAGUUGCUGUUGACUCUCUCCAUGACGUGCCACUUUGGAUUUCUUCAGCAGAUCCAGUGGGUGCUGCCCUACAACCGAGACACAGUUCCGGGAUUGCUGGUAUUCCUGCAGAGUUCAGUUAUCAUCACCGGGUUACUAGUAUUCGUGACACUAUUGAAUUGUUGGACUCGAGAUGUACUCAGCCGCGAAUCCACUCCCAAUGAUAGCUGGUUUGGUCGAUUCAUGGGGCAAUUCUCCCAAAAUCGCGUCGCGGAAUUGAUUCUAGCGGCUGACUAUUUGGAACUUAGUUACCAGGUAACAAAAGACGAAAGCAAUCAUCAUGGGUUGCAGAUCGCUAAGCUGCUUGAUCGCGUGAUUGCAAUCGCGUGUUUGGUGAUUUACAUUGUACUGCUCUUGGUGUAUAUUCCUUUCGGGUACCAGCAUUUAUCAUCUACCGAUCUAGAGUGUAUGUUUUUUACGGCAUCCCAAUAAUGUCAACAGAACGGUUUCAUGCUGAUCAGUGGUUGUAUAUUUUAAUGCGAAAGUGUAUGUAGCAAUCUAUUGGACAUCCAAGUCCUGCGUCCAAUUCAAGUCUAUUGCUUUCUAGAAUGCCAAAGCCGCUGCUUUGGAAAAUAGCUGUUUAACUGGAUCAUUUAGGCGGCUGUUGACGGUCAGGUGAUGUGUCUUCUACUAAAAUUAUGAAUCCAAUUAUUUAGUUUUCGUCAAAAGUAACUCAUCAUGUAUCAUGUAUCUUCAUAAAAACUACGAUACUGUUUUAUUUUUACAGAAAGAAUCUAAAUGAAUUGAAUAAAAGAUCAAUCCGCAUUAAAGAAUCCAAGAUGUUAAGUUGAUAUCCUAUACGGUUAUGAGUAAUUCGUGAGAUAUCCGAUUGGAAGGCGAUGAUCGCUUCUGUUCUUCCUUUCUUUCCUCUUUCAUUCGAUGACUGCUCUGAACAUUUAUGAAUGAUUGAGAGUAGGGUCAAUGAUAUACGCUUGCUUCUGUUUUUUUUUUAACAAUAUUUAGUAUUCGCACAAAAUGAUGUGCGCUAUUUACGAAUAUUAAAAAAGGAAGGGAACCGAAGGGAACUCUCGUAUUCCCUGA